AUGACAGUGGUGCGCCUCAGUGUGGCCGUGCUGGCCCUCGCCGCCCUCCUGCCUCCCUCGCUCUGCCAGGAAUCCUUCGCGAGCUCCCUGCUGUCCGGUCUACUAGACACCCUGGACACGCAGAUGGAGGCUAAGAACUGCCCGGGCACGUGCAUGCACGCGCUAGCAGCGCUGCUGUGUAAUGACGUGCUGGAGGAGGUCGAGUGUCCCAGCCCUUCCAUGAAGUGCUGUGCUGACGAGAAGAGCAAUGAGACCCUGCCGACGACGCAGCGGCCGCGACCGACACGCCACACGACAGUGUCGGACGACGACUACGACGAGCCCACCACGCAGCCGCCACAAGACAAAUACAAAAACAGUGGUAAUAUCGCCUGCCCAGGAGUAUGUGUGGAAGCCCGGCUGUCUCAGUACUGCGAGGCGUACCUGAACUCCCCAGACCUGUGUGUCAAGGGCCGGCUGUGCUGCGUCUCCAAGGACAACUACGGAGACAGGCCGCCUCCCGACCUCGUCGUACCCAAUGAGAAGAAGUAUUCUACUAAGAGACCCACUACUGCGCUCACAACAACCCCAGCUCCGAAGCAGAGACCCGGCCACAAGUGUCGCGGGGACUGUAUAUCGGGUCUGUUCUCCUUGCUCUGUGACAACGUGGACGAGGACGCCGUGUGUCCUGGCGAGGGUGUCUGCUGCAUCACCGAGAACAAAGCGGUCGAGACCACCACCAGGCGACCGACCACGCCUAGACCUACUACACCUCCCCCUCUACCACGGUGUCCGGGACACUGCAUGCACAACAUUAUGGCGGCCUUCUGUAACCCGCCAGCUGUGAUCCUGCAGCGCACUGAGUGUAACGCCGAGGGAUGGGUGUGCUGUGACAAUACCAGAGUGCCACCACGUACGACGCGGCGUCCGACCACGACUACCACGACCACCACCACGACUCCAGCGCCAGCAGACCCUCGGCCCGACUGUCCUGGCUCCUGCAUCGUCUCAUUACUCUCCUUCACUUGCUUCCGAAACGCAGAAAUGACGGACGUUUUCAAAUGCAAGAAGGCAGGCACUCAGUGCUGCGCUCCUAAGUCCAAGGUGCAAGAAGUGGUGGGAGGUCGACCAGCCAAUGAGACCGCUCCGUUACCGCUGCCACAACCAGCGACCAAUUACCAGCACUACACCACGGCACUUGCGCACACGCAUACCACGCCUAUUGGUGAUUCUCAAAAUAACGUUCUAAUUAGCCAAAUUGAACCCCCGUAUGAACCGAGCUACGGUACAACGUUGUCGUCUACUGAGAAAUACAAUAAAUACGUGUGCGGAGUCAAAGGCACUACAGCCAGGUCAGGUAGACGAGCAGGCCGCGUGAUGGGAGGUGAGGACGGCGAGCGCGGCGAGUGGUGCUGGCAGGUGGCGCUGAUCAACUCACUCAACCAGUACCUGUGUGGCGCUGCGCUCAUUGGCACGCAGUGGGUGCUUACUGCUGCCCAUUGUGUUACCAACAUCGUCCGUUCUGGUGACGCUAUCUACGUGCGCGUUGGAGACCACGACCUGACGAGGAAGUAUGGGUCUCCUGGCGCCCAGACCCUCAGGGUAGCCACUACGUACAUCCACCACAACCACAACAGUCAGACUUUGGACAACGACAUCGCACUACUGAAACUACACGGCAAAGCCGAACUUAAAGAAGGAGUUUGUUUGGUGUGUCUGCCGGCGCGAGGAGUGAGCCAUGCAGCUGGCAAGCGAUGCACUGUCACUGGGUAUGGGUACAUGGGAGAAACGGGCCCAAUACCUCUCCGCGUCCGUGAGGCCGAGCUCCCAAUAGUGAGCGACGCAGAAUGCAUACGCAAAGUGAACGCAGUCACGGAGAAGAUCUUCAUACUACCCGCCAGCUCUUUCUGUGCGGGUGGAGAACCAGGCAACGAUGCCUGCCAGGGUGACGGUGGAGGCCCCUUAGUUUGCCAAGACGACGGUUUCUACGAACUCGUGGGGCUGGUCUCAUGGGGCUUCGGAUGCGGGAGACAGGACGUCCCAGGCGUCUACGUCAAAGUAUCUUCCUUCAUCGGCUGGAUCAACCAAAUCAUUUCCGUCAACAACCUAUAG